AUGACGGGGCUCGGUUCUUCGUGUGGUGCAUGCAAAUUCUUGAGGAGGAAGUGCAUCAAUGGCUGCAUCUUCGCACCUUACUUCUCUUACGACCAGGGCGCGACCCAUUUCGCUGCAAUUCACAAGGUCUUUGGUGCGAGCAACGUCUCCAAGCUGCUGCUGCACAUCCCUCUCUACGACCGUGGCGAUGCCGCCAUGUCUCUCUCCUAUGAGGCGCAGGCUCGGCUUCGAGACCCUGUCUAUGGCUGUGUAGGCCACAUAUUUGCACUCCAGCAACAGGUUGCAAACUUACAGGAGGAGAUUCAAACACUUGCUACAAAGAUAAUGCAAGGCGAAAGCAAUUCUGUCUAUCAAGAUCUCAGUGUUAUGAACCAAUACACUGACCAACAGGACUAUGUGAAUGCAUCCUACUCUGGAAUUGCACAAGCACCUCAACCUUAUGAAGAUCACUCCUUCUACAUUCCCUACCAGCAAGGAGACAUCGAUCCCCAGCUCUUUGCUGCAUGCGAAGGUGUGAAGGAGAGCUGGGAUUGUGGCUUGUUCACCAGCCAUGCAGAGGAUCAGCAGCCUGUGGUGUCACUGCCAAAUGAUAUUAACGAAUGCCUUUAUGCUUCAAAAAAUAUUGAUGAAUGCCUUUCUACUUUUGGGUUUAAGUUUGAAAAAUGA